AUGACUGGAUCCUCAUGUACCAUCAACUUACUGCAGCAUCACAGUGGAGUGUACUGGUGUGAGUCUGGAUCAGGAGAUUUCAGCAACGCAGUCAACAUCACUGUACAGAAUUAUGAUGGUUUUAUCCUGGUGAGCCCCGUCCAUCCUGUGACUGAGGGAGAUCCUGUUACUCUGAGCUGCAGAGAUAAACAACAAAAGCUGCUCUCCAAGGUGUUUUUCUAUCACAAUGACAAACUGCUCCACAAUGACAACAGAGAGGAGCUGAACAUCUCUGUAGUGUCAAAGUCACACGAAGGUUUCUACAAGUGUCAACAUUCAGGAAAGGAGUCACCACAGAGCUGGAUGGCUGUUAGAGAGUCUCUGUCAAGUCCUGUCAGCUCUUCAUUUUCUGUGAUGUUGAUCCUUGGUCCAAUUAUUGGAGUCAUGCUCAUUAUUCUCCUGCUCUUGUUGUGGUACUACAGACAGUCCAAAGAUCUGUUCUUUCCCAGGUCAGAAAGAAACAACCAGAGGUCCACCACAUAUAAUGGAGUAGAGACUGAAAUCAGUGAAUAUAGCUCUCCUCUUCAGGAUGAUGUUCUCUAUGCAUCAGUCAAUGAUUCUCCAGCCACUGAAACUGAUGAACAAGAAAGAAUGACAUACUCCAUCAUUAAAUCGAAAACAUUUAGGGGAAAGGAGAGACCUCGCGAACCAGAGGAGUGCGUUAUUUACUCUGAAGUGAAACCAGCAGUUGCAGAACUCACUCCAAUGUAUGCUGAAAUCAACCAUAAGAAUAAAGCCAAACAAAAAGAAUAAAGAGAAGUCGAAACCUGCAGCAACAGAUGAAUCAGUUUAUUCUGAAGUCAAAUAAGCAACAACUCUGGAUAUUGAAUCUGGUUCUUAGGCUGCAUGAUGUGCUGGUUUAGUCUGUAUUGUUGUGCAAGAGUUACGCUGUGAAACGAUUUUGUAAACUACUAUAUGCUUAAUGUACGAUCAACAUUUUAGGCACAAGCUUAAGGUUUUUAAGAUC